CCGGAGAGGAUCAUCACUCUGACCGGCCCUACCAAUGCCAUCUUUAAGGCCUUCGCUAUGAUCAUCGAUAAGCUGGAAGAAGAUAUCAACAGCUCCAUGACCAACAGCACGGCGGCCAGCAGGCCCCCGGUCACCCUGAGGUUGGUGGUGCCGGCCACCCAGUGCGGCUCCCUGAUUGGGAAAGGCGGGUGUAAGAUCAAAGAGAUCCGCGAGAGUACGGGGGCCCAGGUCCAGGUGGCGGGGGAUAUGCUGUCCAACUCCACUGAGCGGGCCAUCACCAUUGCUGGCGUGCCGCAGUCUGUCACCGAGUGUGUCAAGCAGAUCUGCCUGGUCAUGCUGGAGACGCUCUCCCAGUCUCCGCAAGGGAGAGUCAUGACCAUUCCGUACCAGCCCAUGCCGGCCAGCUCUCCAGUCAUCUGCGCGGGCGGUCAAGAUCGGUGCAGCGACGCUGCGGGCUACCCCCAUGCCACCCAUGACCUGGAGGGACCACCUCUAGAUGCCUACUCGAUUCAAGGACAACACACCAUUCCUCCGCUCGAUCUGGCCAAGCUGAACCAGGUGGUAAGACAACAGUCUCACUUUGCCAUGAUGCACGGCGGGACCGGAUUCGCCGGAAUUGACUCCAGCUCUCCAGAGGUGAAAGGCUGGGUGCUAUAUAUUUUUGAACACUACAUUUGA